UCCGGGAACGACGCGCGCGCGAGCUUCGAGUCUCUCGUUCGUCGGCCGGCACGUGAAGCACGCCGGCGCUGUUAUCGCGGGGAGCCGCCGCGCGUGCCGCCGUCGCCGCUCGGGACACCGCGUCUUCUCACUUAACACACUGGAGCUUGGCAAGCCGCGCGAGCCGUGAUUAUUGCCCAAGUGCGACAAAUUUUGCGCGCUCGUUGUCUUUUUAUUUUGCGAGCGGCGGGGCAAGUUUAUUUCCAGUCUUCUGGCGGGAAACAAAAAGAGCGCCGCCGCCGGUGCACACGUGCACACCUUGGAAUCCUUCCAGAAGCGCGCGGACGAGCUGCAAGUCACUUCCCCAGUCGCGAGCGCGCGAGAGGUGACGCCUCCUCCUUCGCGUACAGAGCGCAUCUGUGAAUGACUCCCGCGCUCACGUGACUGCGCUCCGAAGGCGGCGAGAGCGCGCGGCAGCCCUCGCUGCGCGCGUUUUAGAGACCUCGCAAAGCGUCCGGAACAGCUCCGGCCGCCGCGGCGUUUUGGUGGAACGGCUGGCGUGUCCGCAGCAGCUGGCGUGGAACACGACUCUCGGGCUCUCCCCCAGGUCGGCAAACGCACACACACACAAACACACACACCUCGGCGGCAGUGAGCGCAACCUGUUGGUGUCGGUCACGCGGUGGGACCCCUGUGGGACUGUGGCUCGCGGGCGCUGCGGCAUGCGACAAGCGAUUCGCCCAUCCGAGCGCCCAUCGUGCUGAAAAGCGAGGCUUCUGACUUCUGGCUAUGUCGCUCAACAAGGAUCCGCGUCAUUUCAAGAAGUGUAAGAGCGCCACUUUUCGAGUCGACGGGCUGUCCUACACCAUAGUGGCCAAUCCGCCUCCAGAGGCUCCUGCCAAGGAUGCUCCCGAAGGAGAGGCCGAAGAGGAGGAUGCUGGAGACCCCACCAAGCCGGGCACGGUGGUGGUGCGUCGCUUCCAGCCCCGCGUGGCCACGGUUGUGCGCGAGAAGGCUGGCGAGCAGUGCGACGAGAGCGGCCGCCAAAACGAGGACGAUGCCGAGACGGAGGCGGCCGCCGGCGAGCGCCGCAACGGCAAGAGCCACGGAGCACUGGGCGACGCCCGGCCGCUGCCGCCUGUCGACACGCUGGAGGCCUGCGACAAAGCCGCAAACAGGUUGCGAGACCUGUCGACGCACCUCCAACACGGCGACGUUCCUUUAGAUAUGCUUCAAAAAACACUUCAAUACGCAGCCUGCGUCCUUGAAGCCGUUUGCCAAGAUGAAACAAGGAGGCAGACGCCGAUUCCACCCCAGCCACCACCUUCUUCGCUUCUCGAAACGCCGUUACCACCAUCCGGGGUGGCGACGUCUUUGUCAGUGUGUCCCAACGAGAAGAAAAUUCCUGCCACCGAUGUUCUCCCGGCAGACAGCGUCCCGCGGCAGCCGGGGGUUGAACAGCGGCGAAGGGCCCUCAUAAACGCCAACUCAAAGUUCAACAGCGGAUCGUUUUCCAAAGGUGCUCAGUCAUUUUUUCGGGUGGUUGAAAACGACUUGGCGGCCUGCAGGAAGAUGCUGGACGAGGAGGAUGACCUGUCAGAAGUGCAACCGGAUGCGGUGCCCAAUGAAGUGCGAGAAUGGUUGGCGUCCACCUUCACGCGUCAAGCGGCAACGCAGAGGAAGCGGUCGGAGGACAAGCCACGGUUUCGUUCUGUGGCCAACGCUAUCCGGGCAGGCAUUAUGGUUGAGAAAAUUUACCGACGGAUGUCAAGCUCAACGCUCCUGCAGAUUCCUAAUCACCUUGCAGCUUUACUCAAGUCUGUAGACGACUGGUGUUUUGAUGUGUUCAACGUGAACGAGGUAGCAAAUGGACAAGUCCUGCGCUAUCUGACAUAUGAGUUGUUCGGAAGGUAUGGGAUAGUCCACAAGUUCAAGGUGUCGUCAGCAGCGCUAGAGAACUUUAUCACUGCUGUGGAGCAAGGGUACUGCAAAUAUAAAAAUCCCUACCACAACAACCUGCACGCAGCAGACGUCACCCAGACCGUCCAUUACAUGCUCUACUCAGCAGGCAUCGGUGGCUGGUUGACAGAACUGGAAGCAUUUGCCACCUUGUUUGCAGCAAUUAUCCAUGAUUAUGAACAUACUGGAACAACCAACAACUUCCAUGUGAUGUCACGGUCAGAAACUGCGCUCAUCUACAAUGACCGAUCGGUUCUCGAAAACCAUCACAUCAGUGCUGCUUUCCGCCUGUUAACAGAUGAUGAUCAGAACAUAUUAUCCAGCCUAAGCAAAGAAGAGUACAAAGAAUUCCGUCUGUUGGUUAUUGAAAUGGUCCUGGCAACCGACAUGACCUCUCACUUCCAGCAAGUAAAGACCAUGAAGACAGCCCUGAGUCAUCAUGAUUUCAGCCUUGACAAGGCCAAAGCACUCAGCUUAAUUCUACACUGUUGCGACAUUAGUCACCCAAGCAAGGAGUGGAGGCUGCAUCAUAGGUGGACAUAUCUCCUUAUGGAAGAAUUCUUUCAACAGGGUGACAAAGAACAUGAACUUGGACUUCCAUACUCGCCACUGUGCGACAGGAACACAACGUUAAUUGCGGAGUCUCAGAUAGGCUUUAUUGACUUCAUUUUAAAUCCAACCAUGGAUGUGUGCGGAGACCUCUUGGAAAAAAUACUCCUUCAGGUUUCACAAAGAACUACUGAGGACAGCAUUUCAGAAGAAGGCAGCGAGAACAAGGGAACAGAGGCACUGAGUGAAGAUGAUGCCAAGACACAGGAUGACAGCAAAGCCAAGGAUGAUGCCAAGCAGCAGAAUGACAGUAAAGAGGAGGAUGCCAAACCACAUGAAGAAGGCAAAAAACAGAAUGAGGAAAAAAUUCAGCAACGCUCACUUUCCAUGGUUCGGCCAAUACGCACAACAAGCACUACAAGCAUCACAAGUCUCUCAAGCAUAACAGCAACCAGCACUGAUGAAGGCAUCAAAUGUGGCAAAAUGGAAAGUGCACCUUCUUCACCAAGGUCACCAAAAGGACAACUCGCCCCCAAAAAGCUCAAGAGGCCUUGGCUCAAAUACUUGGAAGAGAACCGUAGCAUGUGGCAAGAAAGGGCAGCACAAGAUGCAGAGGCAAGAAGAAAACGAGCAAGCCAAGAAAAUGAAGCAGUGGAGUCUACUCGGGCAGAGUCCAUGCCGGUGGAGUCGAAGACAGCCUUGCUGAAGUCCCAACAGUCCAAGCCUUUGGAUUCUAAAGCCUCUGAGGCCAAGCUGCUAGAGUCCACAUCCCCUGAGCCUCAGCCUACAAGCUCCAGAGCACUUGAGUUUAUGCCAGUAGACUAGUCUCUGCUAGCACAUUAAAUUGUGUGCUAGCUUUUGGAAGCUUUUUAUGAGCUCGGCCAAUUCAAAUGUUCACUCUGACGUUUGUGCACCUGUCAACAUUUGCACAGCAAGAUGCCCUCGCAGCUACUCUUCAUUGUGAACAAGUAUAUGCCAUCAAGAUCUACAUAUGUGAACAUUACCUUAGCUUAACUACUCCACCAUGGCGAAAUCAUUCAGUCUUGUUGCUUUAUUUCCCUUAACCUAAAUAUAUGGCACCUAGUUUUGUCAGUGCAUUUUAGUUGAAAGCAUAACUAGCUUCCUCAAGGCAUCUUGUCUUACGCAGCAUGCACACACAUGCAGGUACACACGCACUUGUACACAACACACCCAGGCACUUUGAAGUCAUUCCUUCCAGUCUGCCCUCAUUCUAGCUCACAUUGUUUGUCACACUAGCAAGAUAUACUAGCUAGUAUUCGACAUGGGCACAAAACUAGCUGAGGCUUUUCGACAAAGCUAAGCUAUCAUGCACACUCCAGGCAAAGGAAUACUUGGUGACAAUGUAAGCUUACUGUUGGCUGCUUUUAUUUAUGCUUCUGAGAUGCACAUUUUGCUUUCUUUACCUCAUUAUGUUCAUUCUGUAUGCUGUGAUCAUUUAAAACUGUCUUAAACCUACGACCUAUACAGGUUAUGUAUAUUCAUAUAGUGAAUGCAAGUUUUAGGAAUCUUUGAAGAUGUCCCUGCUUUUUUUUUUUCUUUUUUGUACUGUGAUUUGUUUUUUGAUGGCUUUCAUUCCAAUUUUUCAAUUGCAUCAAGUAUAAUGAAAAUAUGUGAGGCAAUGUACAUUUAUGGUUCCAUCCUGCUUAUGAGAACUAAGCUUGUCUUCACUCGGGGACUACUGCAGUUUUCAACAUGUAAUUACGUGCUGCUUUCCUCACUCUACUCUUCAAAAAAAAACUUUCUGUUAAAGUUCCCUUAAAUUCAAGGUGCAUUUACCACCGAAUGUCUUUUUAUUUAAGGCUCGACUUUUUCAAACAAACCGUCGGUUGUUUGUCUGAUGUGACUGAACUGUUAAAACAAAACAUUUCUACACUGAGGUUCUACAGCAAGCAGUGCGUACAUUUUAGCAGCAUCAGUGCGUUGUCGUACAUGGGUGAAGAAACAGUUGCAGUGACCUUGUUGCAGUGGCCUGUUGCAUAUGGCGAUAGUUGUGCAAGUUAUGUACAGCAACAUUUUGCUGUGGCACCAUGUGAUAAAGAUGUUCAUUGGGUAAUAUGCUUGACAGGGAAGGCUGAUAAGAUAGUAAUGUAAGAUCCUCAUUGUCAUCUCUUUUAUCUAUUUAAGUGCAAUAUAGUUUAACCCCUUGUCUAAAGUGAAGCUUGUUGUAACAUGUACAUAGCACAAAGGGGUAAAAUGUUUCCUUGCAAACUUAAAAUAAAGCAUGGCCUUACACUUUAGGCUUGCCCUUAGCAUGUCAUUAAAUGCAGAAAUAUUUAAUUUGCGAUUACUCAAUGUAGUUCUUCACUUAAUGCAGCUAACCCCAAGACAGCAGCGCCUUCAGAUAGGGAUGUAGUUUUGUAUAAAAGAUGCAGUCAUAUAUCAACUAUUUUAUCGUGCAGAACUAUAUGCAGAGCAUGAACAGGUAUUUUUGCAAAAAAAAUAAGGAAUAACAAUGUCCACACCAAAAAAUUUAAUUAUAAUAACCAUGUAAUGUGGAACUUCUUGCAUUAUUUACUCCCAGUAGCGGUACUGUUAUCAAUGCAGUGAUUUUACUGCCUUAUUGCUUUACAAUAAGACUAAAAUUUUUGUGAAGCCUCUUAUAUUCUGUUGCAGCUAUUUCAAUGCCAUGUAACAACGAAAACGUCAAGUGUAUUGUCUUAUCGAUUAAUAUAAGUUAUGUUGUAUUCA